UAUGAGAGUUAAUUUCAAUGAUUUAGCCAUAUAAUUUGAAUUACCACACCUGAAAGAUGUUAUUAACCAAUAAGAGAGCAGCAUUCAAAAGUCGUAAUAAAUCUUUUUUAGAAAUGAUAAAAUCUUUAUGUAUCUAUGAACCUAUAUAAUCAUAUACUUCAAAAAAAAAAAGUAUAUCUGUAUUUAAUGAUCGUUAUCAGUAAACUAAAGAACUUCAAGUCUUCUAUAUGUAAAUGAUAAAUGAUUAAGUUGAUUUUACAUCGAUUACGUUAAUCGACUUUGCGACGAACUAACGCGACUGUAUCAUUGAAAUAUGAAUAUACUACAAAAUUUGUUUAAUUUCUUUAAUAUAAUUGUUAUUAAUCUAAUUGUUAUUGCAAUAUGUAUCAGUACAAAGGAACAAGAAUUUCGAUUAGUAAACGUGAUAUUUAGGCACGGAGAUCGAACGCCAAAUAAAGAAUUAUAUCCAAAUGAUCCAUAUAAGACAUAUGAUUUUUAUCCUAUGGGUUUUGGAGAAUUGACAAAUAAUGGUAAAAAACGUGCGUAUGAAUUUGGAAAAUUUCUCAGAUCAAGAUAUAGAAACUUCUUAAAUGACAUUUAUACACCAGAACUGAUAAAAGCCCACACUACAGAUUAUUCGAGAACAAAAAUGUCGUUAUUACUUGUUCUUGCAGGAUUAUUCCCGCCUAAAAAUAUUCAAAAAUGGAAUUAUGAUUUAAAUUGGCAACCAAUACCUAUUACAUAUGUUCCUUGGAUUGAAGAUAAUAUCUUAUUACCUAUGGAUUGUCCUUCAUAUAUAGAAGAAUACCAAAGAGUUUUAAAAACACCUGAAGUUAUACAGAAGAUGAAUGAAUUUAGUGAAAUGAACUCCAAUUUGACAAAGUGGAGUGGUAAAAAUAUUAGCACUCCUUUAGAUAUGUAUUCUUUAUAUAAUAUUCUUAUGGCAGAAUGGAUGAUGAAUCUUCCCUUGCCUGAAUGGACCCGCUCUGUAUUUCCAGAUGGCCAACUGAAAGAUGGCAUCAUUUACUCUUAUGAAGUUUCUAAUUCAAAUACUAAAUUGAAAAGACUUUCUGGAGGUCCAUUACUUCAAAAAAUGGUAGAAGAUAUGUUAGCUGUUAAAAAUGGAAAAUUAAUAAAAAGAAAGAUGAAUUUAUAUAGUGGUCACGAAACAAAUAUUGGUAGUAUGUUAAAUGUUUUAAAUGUGUAUAAACCACAUAUUCCAAAGUAUUCCAGUGCUGUUAUAUUAGAAUUGCUUCAAAGUAAUCAGACUUAUUAUGUUAAGGUACUUAAUUUUAAGACACUUAUUUGUAAAUAUUUUCAAUAUCAGUAUCAUAUUCAUUUUACUUUUAUUUUUUUAAUUAAUGUUAUUUUUAGAUUGUUCAUUACACAGGCAUUCCGUCAAAAGCAAUAGAACUCCAAAUACCAAAUUGUCAAGUGUUAUGUCCAUUUGACAAAUUUAUGGAAAUAACUGCUUCUGUUCGUCCCUCCAAUGAAGAAAUAAUAUGUGACAAAACACAAACGAACAAAUAAUUUGUUAGACAUACCAUAAACUUAUAUAAAGAUUAUAAAAACUAAAUAUAUAUAUAUAUAUAUAUCUCUUAUAUAUAUAUAUAUGGAAAUGUCUACUAAUACAAAAUCUUAUGCAUUAUUCGUUUGUUAAUUCUUUUACAUAAUUACAUUUGUACAAUAAGUGAUUAAUAUCCAUAUAAUGACCCCCAGAUGAAUAAUAAAUUAUAUAAACUAUGGAUUAUAAAUGAUUAGUAUGAUCAUGUGAAAAAAUCUACAAAGUUGAUUUUACUCUCCUCUUACUUGACCAUGCUGGACUUUGUGGUUUAGUUAAAGGUUUUGUAGAUUUGACACGAAUAAGUGGUUUAUAUACUGGCAUUGGUCUAGCUCUUAUUUCAGUUUGUUUUCGAAGUUUUGCUAUUUCCAAUUUUUCAUUUGCUUCCUUUUCUUCUUUUUCUUUUUUAAUCUUCUCCUCUUGUAAAAUUUUCUUUUGCUUCAUCUUAUCUUCUAAUACACGACGUUGUUUUUCUCUCUCCUCGACAUUAGUUUUAAACACAGUACUUUUUAACUUAAUUCCUUUGCUCUGAUUUAAAGUACUAU